CGGAAGCUUCCGGCGGGAAGAAGGAGCGCUGCCUCGCCUGUGGAGUUGCUUCCGGGUUGCGCGCCCGGAAGUAGGAAGUUGUCGGCCUAUCCUCCUCGCCCGGCGGCUUGCUGUCCCCGAGGCGGGAGGAGCCCGAGGGGGCGCGGGCUCCGCAUAAAAGCAUGAGGACUGCAGCCUGCCAAGUGUGAAGCGCCCCCAUGCCGUGGUUUUGUGUUGUCUGAAAUCCUUGCUCAGCCAGGAACGAAGCUUAUCAGCAGGUUCCUCAGUAAAUCUUGCCUUCAGUGAUCAGUUCCUUCUCUCAUGUUGCUAAAAGGUUCAUUUGAUGUGAAAGGAAGGAAGUAAUUGAUCAAUAACACUUUCUACAGUCUAUUUCUUUUUAUUUUAGUAAAUUACCUGUAGCAGAUCUCCUGUGAUUGGUUUCAGAAAUCUUUUGGGAGACUUCCCAGGUGGUCCAGUAGAGACUCUGCAUUGGAAGACAUGGAUCUUGCCGCUAAUGAGCUCAGCAUUUAUGACAAACUCUCAGAGACUGUUGAUUUGGUAAGACAGACGGGCCAUCAGUGUGGCAUGUCAGAGAAGGCAAUUGAAAAAUUUAUCAGACAGCUGCUGGAGAAGAAUGAACCUCAGAGGGGGCCACCCCAGUAUCCACUCCUUCUAGCUAUGUACAAGGUCUUCAUAACCCUGGGAUUAAUCUUGCUCACUGCCUACUUUGUGGUUCAACCUUUCAGCCCAUUAGCACCUGAACCAGUGCUUUCCGGAGCUUACACCUGGCGCUCACUCAUCCAUCACAUCCGGCUGAUGUCUUUGCCCAUUACCAAGAAAUAUAUGCCAGAAAAUAAGGGAGUUCCUCUGCGUGGGGGCAAGGAAGACCGACCCUUUCCAGACUUUGACCCCUGGUGGACAAAUGACUGUGAGCAGAAUGAGUCGGACCCCACCCCUGCCAACUGCACUGGCUGUGCCCAGAAAUUACCCCUCCAGGUGAUGCUCCUGGAAGAUACCCCAAGGAGAUUUGAGAGACUGCAUCCUCUAGUGAUCAAGACGGGACAGUCCUUGUCGACUGAGGGGCUUCAGGAUUUUUUGUGCCAGUAUCCGGAGGUGACAGAAGGCUUCACUGAAGGGUUUUUCACCAAGUGGUGGCGCUGCUUUCCUGGACGGUGGUUCCCAUUUCCGUAUCCAUGGAGAAGACCGUUGAACAGAUCACACAUUUUACAUGAGCUUUUCCCUGUUUUCACCUAUCUGCCGUUUCCAAAAGAAGCCUCCUUGAAAAAAUGCUUCCUUCUUCAACCAGAACCUAUUGUGGGGAGUAAGAUGCACAGGAUGCAUGACCUGUUCACCAUCGGCAGCGGGGAGGCCAUGCUGCAGCUCCUCCCGCCCUUCCAGUGCCGCAGCCACUGCCAGUCCGUGGCGAUGCCGCUGGAGCCAGGCGACAUCGGCUACGCUGGUGCCACCCACUGGAAGGUCUACAUUAUAGCCAGAGGGGUCCAGCCUUUGGUUGUCUGCGAUGGAACCACCCUGUCAGAGCUAUAGGACACAGAUCUAAAGGAACAGCUUUGAGAGCUGAAGACCAGAUCGAAAGGGGGAGAGUAAAAACAAAAAACGAUGAAACCACUUUCCAGGGGUUGGUUACUUAGUCACCUGCCCCGUGCAUGCAUGUGUGAGCCAGUUGUGUGCUGGAGGCAAAGGCCGGAGCCUGGGCCUCCCAACUCUUCCAGCCCAGCCACUUGGCCAGGACUCCGCCACCCAUACCCGUCUAUGAGAGACGGGCCUCUUCCCAGCCCCUUGGCACCAAAGCCUUGAGGCUGCCUUCAGGCAGGGAGCAGGGUUGGUGCCCUCCCUCACUUGCAUGGCAUGAUCCUCUCUGCUGGCUCCUGGCCAUGAGAGGGCAGUCAGCAGGUCCUGACUUCAGCGCCAUCCUCUGCCAGGUGGGCCUGCCUGUCCCAUCUCCCUGGUAACACCACCCUGUACAUCUUUUGGAAAGCCACGGAUGGUUAAAGAAGUCAUGGCAGUUUCCCAAGCACAGUGGAAUAUCGAACCAGUGAAAAGGAUCAAAUAACCUCAAACUGCACUCGAGAAGUGCACUUCUUUCCCAAGUGCGCGUGGCUCUCGGAGUCUCCGGUGCCAGGUCAGAGCCUGAUUAUAAUUGAAGCGGUCAUUCCUAAGGUAAUACCUUCCUCCAUUCGGUCAGGUUCUCAGUCUCUCCCUCCCUCCCUGCUCCCUCGCCUGUCUGGCUGGCUUCUCAGCAGUUGGGCUCCCAGCACCCCUCCCUUGGCCCAACCAGAGCCCUUUACUGCUGAGGCAGCACUGCUCUCAUCAGCCGUGUUGCUUUUACCAAAUGUCUUCAGAAGGGGGUGAGUUAAGAGUGCUGGCCCGGGGAGAGGGCACCUCCCUGGGUUUGAUCUUUAGGGUCCGACUUUCUGCCGAGAAGAUGUUUUACAGAUGUGUCAAAGUGAUGUUGUCACGUGGCUAGGGAAGGAACUCCAGACGCAAAGUGCUGGUCAGCUGGGCGUGCGACUGUGCAGCUCUCUGUCUUGAAAUGAUUUCUCUCUCUGUACUGGGAACCAAGGCAAGGUGUUUUUAAUUCUUAUGAAAAUACAAAACCGUGUUCCUUUUGAUUGGAUGAUUCGCUCUGCUCAUUGUUUUCCCCAAAUGCUUUUUGUAUGUAUUAAGUGUACAAAUAAGGACACUCUUUUUUUGUUUCCUUUCCCCCUUUAUUAUUCCUUUAUUGACUUUGUUAAAUAUCUGGCCUCUGAUCAUGCCAUUGCCAAGCUGAAGGAAAAGAGGCAGACCACGCUACAGCCUCUGGUUCUAAACUUCAGAAAUCAGACAGAUAGUGGAGGUGUCAUCUGUGUUGAAUUACGGACUAGAGGCAGACAGUGGUGGGGGAAGAGGAUGGGACUCACUGUGGGGUCCUCGUCAUCCUUUGGAGGCACCCCUGCACCUUGUCCCAGGCCCUCUCUCUCUACACAUCUCAUGAGCGUCAGUGAGGAUCAGUGUGUGCUUGAAUGGCCUGUUUAGGGGCUUGUAAAGGACAGGGAGGGUUCACAUCGCUCAGAGCCUCCUCCACGGACCUGAGUGAAAGUAGGAUGAACUGUACCUGAGGGAAUUUUUGCUUAAAAGAAUCAGUACCAUGUGUGCAGUAAUACAGGAAAAACAAAACUUCAUGUCCGUAUAAAAGGCACGCUGCUAAGCAGUUACAAUUUAAGAGGUUUUAAAUCAGAGGGACCAUUCGGAGGCCAACUUUGUGCAUACUUUUAGAGCCUUUGCAAUGUCCUUGCCCCUGGUGAUAUGUAAACAAGUUCUUUAGAGGUCUCUCAGAGUUCUCUUAAAUUAGGACUUUUGGGUUAACAAAAGAGAGGGUUCCUUAGGAGCAAAGCAACUGUUUUGGUGAUCCAAAUUCCCCAUUUUACUCCAGCCCUUCACACCUUAAAUGAUCAUAAAAAUGCCAUCAAGGUGUUCCUUCCCCAUUUUACUACAGCCCUUCACACCUUAAAUGAUCAUAAAAUGCCCUCUUCAACUCAAAACUGAACUAGCCUUGUGUGUGUGUUGCUGUUCUGAGGCCUUCUGUGGGAGGUCCCCAGAGCUGUCAGCUGUCUUCAACAAAGAAUGGUCUGGCAGCAGAUAAGUAGAAACUUUCCGUGUGUACACUACUCAUUUUACUUAAAAUCUGUCCAGUUCAGAAUUGAAUGUAGAUUUAUGUUAGGGGUGAAAUUCUUCAAAGAAGGUUUUUUAAGUAAUGUACCUUCUUCUCAAGGUAAUUCUGAAAAGCAGAAUCUACCACUGACUGGUCAGUGGUCAGUGAGUAACCAGCUAAUUCCUUUCCAGUUACCCAAGGCUUUGUGUGAGGGUGGCGCGGGGUCACCCCUGCUCACCUCGCUCUCAGCUCCUCCGUGGAAGCAGCAAAAGUUCCUCCACAUGACCCAGUGUGGGAAGGAGGCUCAUGAAGAUGAGGAAGCAGGGUCAGGGGGCUGGUGGAGCCAUGGAAACCCCCAUGUCUACCACCACCCUAAGAACAGUCACAGGGCUUGCUUGAAACAGAGGGCCUUGCUCACAAGUUUGUUGAGUGUUUACCAAGAGGUGACAUGGCAGUGAAACUCAUGUACUGCAUUUCUCUGGGGAGAAGUCAGCUCUCUGGGGAGAAAGGCUGCUUUGGCCCCAGUUUGAGGCAUUAUAUCCAGGUGUCCUGAGGUCCCCAAGAGUCGGAUGUUGAAAAGAACACUACCCCUGUCCUGGUUCAUGAAGAACAUAAGUAGAACUUACCCUCUCCCCACUCUCAAUUUGUUCAGCAGGAGGAGAGAGUAAAGUAACCAUAGUUUAUGAAAACAGAAUCUGCCUCUUUGGUGAAAUACAAAAGAGUCUAUGAAAUAGACAAAUUUGGGGUCAUUUUCUGAGAGAAAGACAUAGUAAUGUUUCUUAAUAAUGAAAUAGUCUGUUCCAGCUUCAGAGUGUCUGGGUACGCGUGAUCUCCUCUGAUCUUUGCCCAGUCCUGUGAAGCAGCUAUGAGAGCCUCAUUUACAAGUAAAGAAACUGGGGCUGAGGACAGUUCCUUUGUCGGCGGCUGAUGGCUGGCUCCACAGCAGUGUCUUCCUGCGCCAGUGCAGAGUGGUGCCCAGGAGGAAAGCCGUGGGUCUAGCUGACUCUAGUGUGCCCAGCUGAGCGGGAGAACCUAGGGGCAGGGUCAGCAAGCCAGGAGCUCUUCAGGGUUUGUUUUCAAAACUGUUUGAGACAGAAAUGGACAGAAGCUAACAGAUGACUUCUAUAAAAAGCACUUCCCUCGUCCCCAUCUGAAAGCGCUUUUUAGGAGUGAAUGUUCCAGCCAUUUUCCCAUCAUCGCAAGUUUCCAGAUGUGUGACCAGCAAAGGGACUCAGCCCAAUUCCAGUUGUGGGUCCCCUUGGAGUUUGCAUCACUUGUUUUUUUAGUUCGUGGUUUUCUAUUCCCUUCUUCCAAAACCCAGCAUAGGCCUCGGUGUAGGAGCAAUUUUAAAACAAAAUAAUUCCUUAGUUGCAGGUGAUGGCCUCAAUCAUUUUAUGUUUUUUAUAUAGGCAGUGUUCUUUUUUUUUUUUUUUUUUUGGCUGCACCACAUAGGGUGUGGGAUCUUAGUAGCCUGACCAGGGAUUGAACCCACAUUCCCUGCACUGGGAGCACAGAGUCUUAACCACUGGACCACCGGAAGUCCCUCAGUCAUUUUAAUACAGUCUGGAUGCAGUUUUGCUCAUUAGCCAGCGGCUUCCAUAGUGAAAAUUGAAACCCUCAGAGUAGACGUUUGCUUCUCAUGUAAUCCUCACCCAGCAGGCGGCCAGGUUGUAGAGGAAAGAGACUAGUGCAGGGAGAGAGUCGAUCUUGUCUACCUUUCGAGAAUCAGUUCUUAAACAGGAAUAUUUUAGACUUUUAAGUUUUCCUAUCGCUAGAAGACAGACUCUCCUGACUUAUAAGUUCCACACUCAUUAACUUCCCCUUUUCAGCUUUUUCACCCACUAAAAUUGGUUGGAGGAAGGGAGUGCCAGAGAUGUGCUUUAACAUAGCAUUUUGGUUUGAGAGUCUCUCCACGUUCGGACCCACGGAUAUCGGGUCCAGAGCUGAUGCACCUCAGGGCCAGGCGGCUAGGCAGGUGAGGUGCUUACAGAGCGAGCUCUGUCACAAAUGGAAAGUUUGUGCUCUGUCGCCAUCAGCCUCUCCAUAUCCAGCAGCUGCUUCUGCAGAAGCAUCUCAGAGAAGAUGGACAGGUGGUCUCCCUCGUGCACCACAUCUGAGUCUACCCGCCCUGGGCGCGGCGUGGCUCUUAAGUGCUGGCCCUAGUGAGAAGCCCUCCAGCCAGCUCGUCUGUCGUCCAGGUUGCUUUGCGUCUGGUUUUCCUGCCCAGCAUAAUUUCAGCAUUAGAGCUAACUACACCCAUCAUGUCUCCCUCUCUGGAGACUGUGAGAUGUCCAGAUCUUUGCAGAAUACUGGAGAGAAGAGAUGUUACGAAACUCCUAAGCGGAGGCCUGGAACUGUCCAGACGUGAUGGGGCUGCCCACAGGCCACUCCUGCCUUCAUGCGUCUGUCUGUCUGUCAGCCAGUGUCAAUCCAAGAGUGGGCCAUAGCUGCAGACACCCGUGCUGAGAAGGGAAACCAGCUUAGUUUUGAGUUUCAGACAGAAAUUGGAGAGUCGGGACAUCUGCUUCACGCCAGGCUUAAUUUAUCUCCUUAUCCCUCUCCACGGCUCUGGGGGGGAGGUGAGGUCAGCCUGCAAAGCCACCUUGACCUACAGCUCAACAGGGUCCCAGCUUUCAAGCUUCAGCCCCUCAGAGCACUUCCAGCCAUUUCAGGAACAAACACUUACCUGUGAGAGUUGGUGACCAGAACUGGGUGGACACAUGCUGUUAUUCCCAGAGAAGGCGCAACCUCCGUCAUAGAUGACCUUCCCUCCAAACUUCUCUCCAUAGUCUCAUCCUCAGAAAAACGCUAGCCAUGGUCUCUUCCUCCUCGUCCUUCCUGUUGCAAGGUCAGUGACAGACGCCUAGGGCGGAAGGGAGUGGGAACUGGGCACUCAGCAAAGUCCUUGCCGCCACCAGGGACGGGAUCCAGGAUGGCUGCAGUUCCUCUCUAGGGAGCCAGGGGUGGCGGGCCCCGGGGGUUCCCAGUGAGCAGAGGAGUGGACACCUGUCCAGCCACGUGGGCUCCGAGUGGUCUAAGAUGUUACUCUGUGUUCAGUUUGGAAUGUUGAUUGUAAGUUAAUGUACCACAAACUUGUAAAGAAUGUAUGUACAUUAAGGUUUCAUGUGACAAAAAUUUUUACUUUUUGCAAUUAAAAGUGUGUAUGUUGGUUGAUAAGAA